UUAUGACAUUUUUGCUUUGCUUAUACCUAUACUAGCAGUGGCAGUGACUUAUCACGCUUAUCACUUAUCAUUACUUAACGCGUUUGACGAUAGCCAGCAUCGCUUUGCGCCGGAACGGGUAUUAUUUGUAAUUAUGUUUAAUCUAGUUCAUAGACGUAGUUAUGCCUCGGUAGCACCAGUUGCGCAGAAGUGGAUUUAUGCAAAAGCAUUUAAGGGAGAACCGACAAAUGAAAAUUUUCGACUAGAAAAGGAGGAGCUACCCGCUCUAAAGAAAGGAGAAUUUCUUGCGGAAGCUAAAUAUCUAAGCGUCGAUCCUUACAUGCGUCCGUACAUGAUGGCUUACCCAGAGGGAACUCUAAUGAUCGGUGGCCAAGUAGGAACAGUGAUCGAUAGUAAAAAUCCUGCAUUCCCAACGGGGGCAUCCAUUUUCGGCCAAUUUGGUUGGCGUACACACACCGUUUGUAAUCCUUCCGAACUACAAGCGGAUCAGCCCUAUGUUUUACCAGAUUUUGGAUCGUUACCCAAAAGCUUAGGAUUAGGUGCCCUGGGAAUGCCGGGUAAUACUGCGUAUUUUGGGUUGCUAGAAGUGUGCACUCCCAAAGCAGGCGAAACGGUUGUCGUAAGUGGUGCAGCAGGUGCGGUCGGUAGCUUAGUGGGACAAAUAGCCAAAAUCAAAGGCUGUCGAGUGGUUGGAAUAGCCGGAUCGGAUGCAAAAUGCCAGUGGUUGAAAGAACUGGGGUUCGAUGAGACGAUUAACUAUAAAACUGUAUCCAAUAUCUAUGCUGCAUUGAAAAACGCAGCCCCCAAGGGCAUAGAUGUUUAUUUUGAUAAUGUGGGAGGCCAAACAUCAGAGGCGGUUAUAAAGUUGAUGAAUUUAUACGGCAGAAUCGCUGUCUGCGGAACGAUUUCGAAUUACAGCACUUCAAUUGAAAAGGUAACAGAUCCCCUACGAAUGAUGGUGUUCAAACAGUUGAAGAUGGAAGGAUUUGUGGUGUGGCGUUGGAAUAAUCGCUGGUUGGAGGGUAUAAAUGCUAACUUCCAAUGGAUUACGGAGGGCAAGCUGAAAUGGCACGAAACUGUCACCGAUGGGUUCGAAAACACACCAGCUGCUUUUAUGGAUAUGUUGAAAGGAGGCAAUACUGGCAAAGCUAUAGUAAAGGUUUAACAACAAUCUAGUGUGUCAUUAUAAUGAAAACUACGGGUCAAUAAAAUAACCAGAUAAAAUGGUUUUGUA